AUGCCAAGAUUUAAACAAGUUGAUGUAUUCACCAAAACCAAAUAUUUAGGUAAUCCAGUUGCAGUUAUUUAUGAUUGUGAUAAUUUAACUACUAAAGAAAUGCAAAAAAUUGCUCGAUGGACAAAUUUAUCAGAAACAACAUUUAUUUUAACUCCUAAAUCUUUUAAAUCAUCAUCAUCAUCAUCAUUACCAAUUGCUGAUUAUAGGGUAAGAAUUUUCACUUCUAAUGGUAAUGAAUUAUCAUUUGCUGGUCAUCCUACAAUUGGUACUGCAUUUGCUUUAUUAGAAGAUGGUAAAAUUAAACCUAAUAAUCAAGGACAAAUAAUUCAAGAAUGUGGUGCAGGAUUAGUGAAAAUAUCGGUUGAUAAGAAAGCACCACGUAGUAAUGGUAGUGGUGGUGGUGGUGGUGAUAAUGAUGAUUUACUGGUUUUAUUAUCAUUUGAAUUACCAUAUUUCAAAUUUCAAGAAAUUAAACAUGAAGUAAUUAAAGAAUUACAAAAUUCAUGGAAUAAUGUUAAUAUUAUUGGUAAACCAAUUGUUAUUGAAGAUGGACCAAAAUGGGCAAUUUUCCAAUUUGAAUCAAUUCAACAAGUAUUAGAUUUAAAUGUUGAUUUAAAACAAAUUGAACGAUUAAGUUUAGAAAAUGAUUGGACAGGAAUUGGUGUAUUUGGGAAAUAUUACGAUAAUGACAAUGACAAUGACAAUGACAAUGAUGAUGGUGAGAUUGCAAUUGAAUUGAGAAAUAUUGCUCCAGCAGUAGGAGUUAAAGAAGAUCCUGCUUGUGGUAGUGGAUCAGGAGCUAUUGGAGUUUAUUUAGCAAAUUAUAUCAUGAAUGAUAAUGAUAAAGAUAAGUUUACUAUUAAUAUUUCUCAAGGUAAAUCAAUUAAAAGAGAUGGUAAAAUUAAAGUUAAUGUUGAACGUAAUAAUAAAAAUGAUUUAUCUAUUCAUGUUGGUGGUUAUGCCAUUACUUGUUUCCAAGGUAUUUAUUCUAUUUAA